ACCUAUGAAGGUGCCGCGCGUAUCUUUGCUUUGAUCACGCAAGACUACUACAAGUGAACACACCACACUAAGGGUCGCUGAGCUACAUAUCACGAGCUGCUAAUACUGCCAGACCUUGGGCGCUGGUUUGCGGCUCCCAUCCCCUCCCUAACACGAAGACCUGCACGUGGCAGGGCACUUGAGCUGCGCCUGCAUGGAGGGUCUUCCGGAGGAAGAAGGAACGUCACAUGUGAUGUGCCUGGUUCACUGAGUGCGGCUGGUGAUGGAGGACAUGCUCAGCCAACGAUCCGAAUAUUUAUUUUUUGUUUUAGUCUGCACGAGUGUUGUGCGUGGUGGUGACGCACAUAUCCGCUGAGGCGCUGCUGUACUUGAACAGCUGCGUGCACUGCUGUAUCACCGGAAACAAGAAAAGAGACCAAUGUUGUCAAUGAAAACAAAAUGGAAAGACUAAAACUUUCCCCUCCUGCCCUAACCCACACCUUCUCAUAGCAUUCCUGUAUCCAUACCCUCCCACAGCAUCCCUGUGUCCACUUCCUCUCACAUAAUCUCUCCCCUCUAGUCAUGAAGUUGCUGGCGCCAGAAAACUUCCAAUGGCGACUGUUGGGUAAUGAAAGAAUGCUGAACCUCUAAGCAAGAAACUUCUGUGAGAGAGAACUGAAAUCUGUAAGCUGCAGGUCGCCAGCUAGACACAAUACUCGAGCUCCUUGACAUCACUAAGUUCCCAAGGUACUUAAUACAAUUAACUCGGCUCACAAAACAUUUCCUCGGUCACAAAUUGUUAUUAAUAACACGUCGUCAAGGAGGAAAUUCAGCACAGUGAUGAAACCCCACGGGAGGGAAGGGGUGCAUAAACGGUGCCGUCCUUCAUCGGGAGGGGACAUGGGUAUAUAUAGGUAGUGGUAAUCACCUCACCGCUACACACACUCGUUGUUUAGGCUGCGUUGCAGAAAGUUCGUGAGUCAUGAAGAGUGCUGCUGGUGCGAGACGCGCCCUGAUGCUGCUUGCUGUGGUGCUACUGGCGGCCACACUGCUGAUGGACGCCGCAGAGGCUCACCGAUGGAGACCUGGAAGGCACCGCGGACAUCACCAUAGGACUCCUAAGAACUUGAGUCACGUCUUCGAAUGUUGUCUGUGUGGCGGCAUCGACGAGGAGACGGACUGCAGCACCUGCUUUGAUCCAGUGCGCGACAACCCAGAGGAUACAACAAUUGACGAAAUCUUGACAUGUCUCUCUGAGGCUGAGAUUACUAUUGACCUCGCUGCAGAGUGCCCCUUUCGGUCAGGCUGUAAAUAACAUCACGGACAGAACCAUAACUGAAUCGUCAUCUACUGCUGCUGUUGUUGCUCCUGUGAUGUCAGCGUCACUACAGCAAAAACUAAAUGCAAAACGGAACACUUGCUCCUUCUCUUCUUUCGUCUUUAUUUCAGCUGCAUCACCGUCACCACUUCUAACAAACACGGCCUGUGUCAUGCCCACUACGUCUGUCUAUCCGCCUGCCUGCCUUCUGUUUGUGUUGCACUCUUACUCACAAUAAAGCCUAAGAAUAGU